UAAACAUUCUCUAUUUCUCAAAACCUCACCCUAACAUUCUCUCUCUCUCUCUCUCCGGCAGAGCCAUCUUUUCUUCUUACAUAUCAAAAACCCGGGGCGCCGAAGCAGAAACGAUGGCGUCGGUGUGCAUAUCGAGCUGCGUGGAUGACGCCCGCGUCCCGGUGAGAGCAACCUACGUGAACCUCUACAAAUGGCCGGAAUCCGACUUCGAGUUCGUUAGGUCGAUGAGCUCCAAAUCCCACAACUCUAGUCACGGCCGCCCCAGAGUGGUGGACAGCAUCUCAUGCAGGCAAAUGUAUUUGAGAAGCUACACUUUUUCGAGGGAGGAAGACUACAAAGAGGAGAAGGCCAAGGUCAAGUGCCUCGGCAGAGCCAAAGACAAGAAGAAGAAGAAGAAGAAGAAGCCGGCGGCAGGGAUCAAGAGGGCCAAGUCGGCGUCGUGCUCCGCCUUGACCUAUAUUUUCCGGCGGCUGCUCUCUUGCACCACCGAGAUUGAUGUUGUUAAUUAACUACUAAUGCAUUGGGUAAUCUUUUUCUUCUAAAUUUGUUGCUUUCUUGUUUUUUUUUUUAGUUUUGUUUUUAAAGUAUAUAUUAUUAUAUAUUUAUAUAUGCUUAUUUUUCAUAGAAUUUAAUAUUUCUUGUUUUGAUGGGAUAUAUAAUGUGCUUUUGUACUUAGAUAAUGGGUGGAUGAUUUCCUAUAAUUUGGUUUUGUUUUGUACUAUUGAUAUUGUCUUGUCUUGAAAAUAAUUUUAUGGAUUAUGCAUUGGAAA